GAAAUCCAAAAAAUGGCGGAUGUCAGGUUGCCUUUUAGAAGCAGGGCAGUCUACGACUUUGCACAAAAAACAAAUCGUUACUUGGUGGAAAGUCAGAAAAAGGGAAGUGAAAGUGCAAUAAAGACUUUUUAUAUGUCGACCGGGUUUUCUCUGGUUAACGGAAAACAGUAUGGAGCUGAAAAUGCUGCGGACACAGUGACCCUUGGAGUUUCACAGCGCAGCUACACACCGGUAGCACAGCUGUUGGGUAACGUUAUUGCCAACGAUGGACUUGGGGCCUAUUCACUUUCCAACGAGACCCUAGGUGAAAAUAUAGCAAGAAACUGGUGCCGGGGUAAUGCCAAGUUUCGCAGGACUUCUUGCAUCUCUGUUCGUCCACACCAGGACUUCAGUAGUCGGCAUUCAUGUUGGGGACAGGGACAGUCUGUGUUUACCAGGGCUUACAGUGUCAACGGAACUAGAUCGGAGCCCCUUUAUAAAACCAAAACAGGCUAUUAUGAAAUCCUAGAGGUGUCACCUACAGCCACUCGAGCCCAGAUAAAAACCGCCUACUACAAGCAGUCCUUCGUCUACCACCCGGACAGAAACGACGGGAGCGAGCAGGCUACUGUCCGCUUCGCUGAGGUCAGUGAGGCCUAUACGGUGUUGGGAAACACGACACUGAGGAAGAAAUAUGACCGGGGACUGCUGAGCCAGGCAGACCUCACCGCAACCACCAGACCCUCCGCCAAGGACACCAUCGGGAGCUCCGCGAAACCGCAACCCGAGAGGCGACGGUCAGUGAUGGGCGUAGACUACCGAGGAGGUAUCUUCGAUUUUGAUCACUUUUACAAGUCGCACUACAGCGAGCAGCUGCAGAGACAAAGGGACAUCCGACUCCGCAAAGAGGAGUUGCUGAGCCAGAAACAGGAGAGGCAGAAGAAGCUGGGCACGAUGACCGACAUGGCAGUUGCGGUGCUACUGGCGAUGGCCUUUGGUUUAAUGAUAAGCUUGAAACAGCCGUGACGUUCCUUUACUGUGGGACCCUUGGAUUGUCACCAUCUAUCACAUACUAGAGACAAAACUGCUUAUAUGACUGCUGUUAAACUGAACUCCAUCACUGUCAUGUCUCUGUGGAAUGAGACUGGGACAGUUAAGUAUCAGUGAAAUGCCAUUAUCUUUUUGUUCAAGGUGACACAGUGCAAUAGUGCAGAUUCAUGCAGAUCACACUGUCGUGCUGCAAGCUGCCACCCAACGAUUAAACAGGUGUAUGCUGUAACAAUUAGUUGACAUGCAGACAAUUAAUUUGACAGGAAAACUAUUAUAACUCAUCUUUGAAGCAAAUUUUCAAGAACAAACAUGAGAAAUUGCUGCAUUUUUGGUACCCUUAGUGCUAUUUGUGAAAUACCUGUAGCAAUGUCAGGGGUGUGUGGAGCAAUUGUACCUUGAGUACCUGUUAAAUGUCGGUAUUAAAUGUGCUAUAAAUAUAUGCUCAGAUACUGUGCCUUGGAAGAUAUUUAUUGUAAAAAAAAAAAAAAAAAAUCUGUGGUAUUACCAGUGAGUUUCCUUAAGUGUCAUUUAACAAAUGAAUAACUUAUGAUCAGUGCCCAUCAGGGCACAGUGAAAUAAAGGUUUCUCAGGUCUUUUAUUUUUGUUUA